AGUGGCGUACCAUCGACUGGACCGGCAGCUGUCGGGGACUGCAGCAACACUUACUUCUAUAUCAUCUCCAGAUUAGAGCAUCAGGAAAUCGAGAUAGCUCCAUCGAUCAUGGCGAUGCAUGCGAAGGCGACUCCACCACAGAUCCCGGACACCCGCCGGGAGCUCGCCGAGUUGGUGAAGAGGAAACAAGAACUCGCCGAGACGCUGGUGAACUUGGAAAGGCAAAUAUAUGCAUUUGAAGGCAGCUAUCUAGAAGACACCCAGAUGUAUGGCAACAUCAUCAGAGGAUGGGACCGAUACCUCACCAACCAAAAGAACUCCAAUAGUAAGACAGAUAGAAGGAAUAGGAAAUUCAAGGAAGCAGAGCGUUUAUUCAGCAAGUCAUCUGUCACAUCAGUUGCAGCGGUAUGUGCACUUGGAGGAAUUCCAGACCACAUGAAUGAAAAACGUGAGGCAGGCAGCGGCACGGAAAGCGACGCCUCUCCGGAUCUCCAGAACCAAGAGAACGAGCCCAGCCAGGAGGACACAGAAGACGUGGACUCGACGCUGCAGGACCUAAAGCCUCAGAAAGCUGCCUCCUCAUCCUCCUCGGGCAGCCAUCACGGGAGCCACAAGAAGAGGAAGAAUAAAAACAGACACAGUCCUUCUGCCAUGUUUGAUUAUGACUUUGAAUUUGACAUGAAGGUUAACAAGAAACCGAGAGCCGACUAUUCAACUUAACAAAGACGACUGGAACACCUGGACACACACACGAGGAAGAGACCUGGAGAGAAACACAAGAUUUUUGGACUUUAUGAGCCUUGCCUUUUUUUCUUUUUUUUUGGUUGUCAUAUUUCAGCCUGUACUGUGUGUAUUGCUUGAAACAUUCCCCCCUCCCCCCCGACACCUACCUUUGGUGAAGGUUAAGACUUUGACCCACCAAGUUAAGUAGAAAUAUGGUGUUGCAUGUUACUCAAGGCCUGAACAGGCUCACCUCCAGUAACAAGCCAUUUUGUAAAGUGUUAAAAAAAACAGAUGUAUUUAUUUGUAGUUAAUUUCCCAUUGUACGUUUUUUAAGCGUCACACAUAAUCGUACAACCCCUGAAUACAUCGUAUUCUUUUAUUACAUGGUUGUUUUGCAAAAAAAUUAAAUACUAGUAACGUGAAAA